GCAUUUCAUCACCGAAACUUUCCCUAAUUCGCGUCUCUUAACACUCCAUCAUGCAAUUUGUUCUUGCUUUGAUUUUCACAAUAUUUCUUAUAUUUCUCUUCAAUCUUGUGAACUCCAUACUAUGGAUGCCGUACAAAAUCCAACGCCACUUCAAGAAGCAAGGGAUAAGAGGUCCUGGCUACCGUCCGAUCUUCGGAAACACAAGGGAGUCCCUCCGUUUGUUUGCGGAAGCUGUGUCGAAGCCGAUCCCCUUCGGUCAGAGUACAAUCUCGCGUGUUAUUCCAAGUUACAACAUGUGGUCAGGCAUGUAUGGGAAAACUUACCUGUACUGGAUUGGGAUGAGACCCACGUUGGCCAUUUCUGACCCAACCAUUAUAAAGGAAGUACUAAUGAAUACGGGAGGUUCAAGCCCGCUCCAAAAGAGACCAUCGGAUCCUCUGGUUAAGCAGCUUAUGGGAGACGGACUUUCGGAGCUCCAGGGAGAGAAAUGGGCUAUCCAUAGGAGAAUAACUAACCUUGCUUUGAACAUGGAGCAAGUUAAGGGUUGGGUGCCCACAAUUGUGGAUGGAACCAUGAAGAUGCUUAAUAGUUGGGAGGAAAGAAGAGCAAGAAGAAAAGAAUUGGAGCUUGACGUGCACAAGGAACUUCAUAACCUCUCAGCAGAAAUUAUUUCAAGAACUAUUUUUGGAAGUAGCAUGGAAGAAGGAAAACAUAUUUUCAUGUUGCAAGAAAGACAAACAAACCUUGCAAUCCUGGCUCAACGAAGUUUCUAUUUUCCAGGGUUAAGGUUUUUACCUACUAAGAAUAACAGAGAGGGAUGGAGAUUAGAGAAAGAAGUGCACGAAGCGAUACGAAAGUUGAUUGAGCAGAACUACAAGAUAGGAGACAAAUGGAGAAAUUUACUUGAUUUGUUGACAUCUUCAUAUAAGAACAAUGAUGGCAUAGAAGAAAAAUUAGAUGUGGAGGAAGUAAUAGAUGAAUGUAAGACAUUUUACUUUGCAGGGAAGGAAACAAGUGCGAAUACAAUGACUUGGGCACUCAUACUUCUUGCAUUUCAUCAAGAAUGGCAAAUUAAGGCCCGAGAAGAAGUGAUUCGUGUAUGCGGAGAUAUAGAACUCCCUGCUGCAGUGGAUAUCAAUCAACUGAAGAUUAUAAACAUGAUUUUAAAUGAAACACUACGACUCUACGCUCAAGUUCCAUUGAUGGUAAGGAAGACAUGCAAAGACACUAAGCUUGGGGAACUUAACAUUCCAGCUGGCAUGGUAUUAAUAUUUCCCAUAAUUGCUGCUCAUCUUGACACUGAGAUUUGGGGAGAAGAUGCUGAAAAGUUCAAUCCAAUGCGAUUCAGCGUGCCUCAGAAGCAUCUAUCAUCGUUUUUUCCAUGGGGUUUAGGUCGAAGAAUCUGUGUGGGACAAAAUUUGGCCAUGGUUGAGAUGAAAAUUGCUCUAGCGAUGAUUGUUAGACAGUACUCUUUUACAUUAUCACCUGCAUACAUUCACGCCCCAAUUCAGUAUCUAACAACACAACCCCAACAUGGUGCACCACUGCUCUUUACCAAGAUCUGAAGGUUGAAGAAAAUGUAAGUUACUGUUGGAUCUUUUCAUGUAAUUGUAUUAAGACGUGUUUUGUCUUUUUGUGUAGUAUAUGCUUUUACAUAUAAAUACGUAUGUCUCUAGAUUAUAAAAGAAAUCUAGAAAAUUUAGGUAUAGUUAUAUAUAAAUUUAAAAUAUUAUUGGU